AUGGCCUUCUCGGAGAAGUCGGAGUUUUCUCCAUGUUUGUCCAUGGGCAGACAUCCACUCGUACAACUGUCUGGUCUGCCGUGGGUUGCCUUGGAAUCUAGGGAGAUAAACCUUCUGCAUGUGGUGCUUGUCGCAUCCGUUCACGAGAGGGUCGCAGCAGAGAAGAAUAUCGCUUCUCUCCCUUGUGACGUCUACGACACCGACCAACUCACUCUAGUCCUCUGGUUCCGCCACGGCUCGAACGUCCCCAUCUACAUAUACGAUGCCCGUGCGGGUGUGAUGUCGGAAUCGCAUCGACCGUCGGAGAGCAUUCGAGGUCGAGCCCGUUUCCUUCCCCAUCAAAAACCCCCUGUUCUCCAGAUUCAAGAAGUUUCUGUCAGAGAUGAAGCUUCGUACAUAUGCAGGGUGGAUUUCCAACGACAACCCACUCGAUACACCAAGGUCAAUCUCACAAUCAUCGAGCCCCCGGGACGACCAAUCAUAUGGGAUGGGAAUAAAAAGGUAUCCGAUGGGACUCUGGUGGGUCCCUUUCCGGAAGGUGGCGACCUCCGCCUAAAAUGCACCGUCGACACCGGCAGACCGAGGCCUACUCUGGUCUGGUACCGGAACGGAGUGACGAUAGACACAUACUGCGAGAAGUCCCCAGACUACCGCGUCUUCAAUGAAUUGACCCUGAGCAGCUUGGAGAGGAAGGAUCUGAACACCCGCCUGGAAUGCAUCGCCUCCAAUUCAAACCUCACCGUCGACGAGAUCUCCUCCGUCAGGAUCGAUUUGUAUCUGAAGCCGGCAAACAUCAGUUUGGAAGGAGCAGAUCAACCGUUCAAAUCGGGAAUGAAUUCUACAGUGAGAUGUCGAGUGUUCGGUUCCCGUCCGGCCGCUUCUGUUUACUGGACCCUCGCCGGCAAAUCUCUCUCCAACCAUUCUGAACAAUCGGACGCAAGUGGGAAUAUCACGGAGAGCAUUCUUUCCUUUUGGCCUGAAGUCUCUGACGACCAGGAAUUUCUCACUUGCUACGCCGAGAAUCCUCACGUCGAAAGCAGUCGCCUCACCGUCGCCAGGAAGAUAUCCGUACACUACCCUCCGGAAGUAAGAAUUCUCUUCGGAAAGACAUUGAAUGCCUCCAACAUCAAAGUGGGCGACGACGUUUAUUUCGAAUGUGACAUGAAGGCGAAUCCCGACACCCUCAAGAUCACUUGGAGUCACAAUGGAGAAACGAUGACCGGAGAUCGGGAGAGAGGGAUCAUCGUCACGGGAGGGACGUUGAUUCUGCAAAGUGUGACUCGUGGCCAUGCCGGUUUCUACCAAUGCCACGCUCAAAAUGUUCACGGGCAUGGGCACAGCUCCGAAUUGGAACUCAGCGUCAAGUAUCCUCCCGAGUGUCACCCGGAUCAGCGGUGGACAUAUGGGGCGACCCUGGGCGAGGUGGUAUACGUUCUGUGCCAGGUGAAGGCCGAUCCCCCACCGACGAGGUAUCGAUGGGCUUUCAACACGUCCACUUCCCCACCCCUGGUGAUUGCGAAGGGGAAGGAAGAGACCUUGACUUACAUUCCCAAGUCGCACCUGGAGCUGGGGAGCGUGUUGUGCUGGGCGGAGAAUUCCGUCGGCUCACAGGGCUCCCCUUGCACCUACACCCUCCAAGAAGCCGGUCCGCCGGAUCCUCCUCGGGAUUGUCGUUUCCCGAAUGGAUCAUCUUCCUCGGGUCCCCAGUUCGUGGAAUGUGAACCCGGUUUAGAUGGCGGACUCUCUCAAUCCUUUCUCCUUCAGGUGUUCGAUUUAGAUACGGGGAAUCAGGUGUACAAUGCAUCAAGUCCAGUGCCGCGAUUCGACCUCACUGAACUCCCCGAGGGGAUAUCCUAUUCCGCCAUCCUUUCUGCUUUCAAUCAAAAGGGAAGGAGUGAAGACGUCCGUCUCGAUGCUCGCACUGCCAAACUCCUCGAACAUGCUCCUCCGGAGGAAAGCGAGAAGAAGGAGGAAGGUUGGCCGAUGACCCAAUUUCUGGUGGUUCUGGCUAGCCUGGCUGGGAUAUUUAUCGUUGGAUCCAUUUGUGCCGUUGUUCGGGUUCGACGGACGAGGAAAGCUAGGACCAAGUCCACCGCCAAGACCAACGACGAGGAAGGAUCCGUGGAGAAACCAGGCGAGAGUCUUCAUCUUCUGAGUCUUCCUCAAGGCAGGGGAACCGAGAACGAGGACGAGGACGAAGAAGAGGGCGUUCUAAGAGCCCCUGAUAUUAUUACUCAUGACCGCACUCGCGAGAACUUUGGUGGAGUGAUGACUUCAAAUGCGACCGAGUAUGCACCCAUGAUCCAGCGGGUGAGAAGUCCUCCGAUGAACAAAGUCAAUUCUCAUCACCGCUUCCACGACAGUCCAGGUCUUGGGGUUGGGUGGGUCCGCAGCCAGCCACCAGGUGGUGUUGUCAGGCCAGGGGAAGUAAAAGAUUUAUCAGUCGGCAUGGUCAUUGUGGGGAUGGUUUUCUAG